AAUUUUUUCAAAAGCGAAAAUUUUGACUAUGUAUGUAUUUACUUAAGGCAGGUUAUAUAAGGUACAACAGAGCUAAAGUAUGAGUGAUUACGUUAUUAAGCCCGAGUCAGUUGCUCCCUCCAACGACACAUCCGAGUGGCCAUUGUUGUUGAAGAAUUAUGACAAAUUAUUGGUAAGAUCUGGACAUUAUACUCCAAUUCCUACUGGGUCAUCUCCAUUAAAGAGAGACUUAAAAUCAUAUAUUUCUUCAGGAGUAAUUAAUUUAGAUAAACCAUCAAAUCCUUCAUCUCAUGAAGUUGUUGCUUGGAUUAAAAGAAUUUUAAGAGCAGAAAAGACUGGUCAUUCAGGAACUUUAGAUCCAAAAGUUACUGGAUGUUUAAUUGUAUGUAUUGAUAGAGCUACAAGAUUAGUUAAAUCUCAACAAGGAGCUGGUAAAGAAUAUGUUUGUAUUGUUAGAUUACAUGAAGAAUUAAAGGAUGCCAAAGAUUUAGGUAGAUCAUUGGAAAAUUUAACUGGUGCUUUAUUUCAAAGACCUCCAUUAAUUUCUGCUGUUAAAAGACAAUUAAGAGUUCGUACAAUUUAUGAUUCUAAAUUAAUUGAAUUUGAUAAUAAAAGAGGUUUAGGAGUAUUCUGGGCUUCAUGUGAAGCUGGUACUUAUAUGAGAACUUUAUGUGUUCAUUUAGGUAUGUUAUUAGGAGUUGGAGGUCAUAUGCAAGAAUUACGUCGUGUUAGAUCAGGAGCUUUAGGAGAAAAUGAUAAUUUAGUUACAUUACAUGAUGUUUUGGAUGCUCAAUAUGUUUAUGAUAAUACUAGAGAUGAAUCUUAUUUAAGAAAAAUCAUUCAACCUUUAGAAACUUUAUUGGUUGGUUAUAAAAGAAUUGUAGUUAAAGAUUCUGCUGUUAAUUCUGUAUGUUAUGGAGCAAAAUUAAUGAUUCCUGGUUUAUUAAGAUAUGAAAAUGGUAUUGAAUUAUAUGAUGAAGUUGUAUUAAUGACAACUAAAGGUGAAGCUAUUGCUAUUGGUAUUGCUCAAAUGACAACUGUAGAUUUACAAACUUGUGAUCAUGGAAUUGUUGCUAAAGUUAAAAGAGUUAUUAUGGAAAGAGAUACUUAUCCAAGAAGAUGGGGUUUAGGUCCAGUAGCUCAAAAGAAGAAACAAUUAAAGGCUGAUGGUAAGUUAGAUAAAUUUGGUAGAAAUAAUGAAAAUACUCCAGAUAGUUGGAAACAAGAAUAUAAGGAUCAUGAUGCUGAACCAGCUCCUGCUAUUCCUGAAUCUAAAUUGGUUGCACCAGAAAUUCAAUUACCAAAGAAGACAUUAAUUGAAGAAGUUGAAGUUGAAGAAAAGAAGGAAAAGAAAGAAAAGAAGGAAAAGAAGAGAAAGGCCGAAGAUGAUGAAGAAAAAUCUGAAAAGAAGAAGAAGGUCAAGAAAUAAGCAUACAAGCAUCUAGAUGUCAUUUUUAUAAUUCCCAACGUAGUUUAUA